AUGAAGAAACCAGUCUUCAUGUGUGAAUACAGUUCAGACACCAAGGACUUCAGCAGACUACCACCAAAAGUUAGAGUAUCAUUACCAGAAUUCAGUUCUAAGACGAUCCAUUCGGCAAAGUUUUGCAAGUUGUUUGGAUAUUUAUCACCAUUAUCCACCACAACAGAAGAAAAUGGCUACGAGAUGAGGAAACCGAAAAAAGCAACAAGAGUAUUGCUAGAAAAACCAAAACUAAUCACUACUAUUAAUACUGGGGUUGUAAAUAAAGUGAAGAAUGGACAGACAGAGGAGGUGAUCAGACUACAGGACUGGACACCUCUCAAUAUGUAUGUUACCAAUUGUGGUGAUCUCCUGAUUACUAUGUACAACGUUUGGAAAUCACAAACCAAAGUUGUCCGUUACUCAGGCUCCACAGAGAAACAAAUAAUCCAGUUUGAUGAAAAGGGUAAACCUCUGUACUCAGGAAAUUACAACAUUAAGUACAUCACUGAGAAUGGAAACCUAGAUAUCUGUGUGGCUGACUGGGAAUGGGCUCUGUGGUAG